CCUCAAAAAGUUCAGACGAGGAAAAGACGGAAGCGUUUGCUUUUGACGCAAUAGGCGAAGCGACUCCUUCGCGCGUUGAUCGAAACGUUCCUUGGCUCGUCGAAAAUUUAGGCAUCCAGGCGCUCACACCUGUUAUUAUUGUCUCAUCCAUGGCGCCACAGAGUCCAAGUAAGCGAGGUAAUCCCCCUUCUUCGGUUCGGGGAUGA